AUGCGCUGUGGGGCGGCACCUGCGCGCGGCGGGCCCGGUGGGUGGUGGCGGCGCCUCACAGGGAGGUGAGGGCGGGCGCUGUUCCCCGGCCCCCAGAAACCCCCCCAACCGAGGCUGGCGGAACGGGUCUUCCCCUCAGCCCCUUGCCAGGGGCCCCUGAACCCUCUGUAGGGACCUCGGUCUGCGGGGGGCCCGGUUUGGGGAGUCCCAAGGAUGGGGUUGGUCUGGUGGCAUCACCACGAAGUAACGCACCCUUCACAGGAAUGCUGGUAGCAGGUGUAAGCAAACCAGAUGCCAUCUCUUCUCAUACCAGGCUCUUGCCAGCUGGCUUACUCUUCUAGUUAGCAAAUUCAGAAUGUCCCUGGGAUUGGGAGGACUGGUUGCCGCUUGGCCUUUCUCUGUGACUGCUGACUAAGGAACCUGUGGUGCUGAGGUGUUGCAAUGUGAACUUACACCUGUGCCCAAGCAAACUGGCCUGCAAAAAGCAUUGCCAAGAAAGAGCAGCAAAGAAGCUGGGUCUGUUUCCUUGGAAAACCCCUUCUGAGCCGUAGAGAUCACGCGCAGAAAACAAGUGCAGCUCCGCUUGCAAGAUUGCCUUGGGACUGAACCCUUCUGUCCUGCUGCAAUGAGUGGCAAGUCCUUGCUCUUAAAGGUCAUUCUCCUUGGAGAUGGUGGAGUUGGGAAAAGUUCCCUCAUGAACCGGUACGUCACCAACAAGUUUGACUCACAGGCUUUCCACACGAUUGGUGUGGAGUUCUUAAACCGGGACCUGGAGGUGGAUGGACGUUUUGUGACUCUCCAAAUCUGGGACACGGCAGGACAGGAGAGAUUCAAGAGCCUGCGAACUCCCUUUUACAGGGGAGCAGACUGCUGCCUGCUGACUUUCAGUGUGGAUGACCGGCAGAGCUUUGAGAACCUCAGUAACUGGCAGAAGGAGUUUGUCUAUUAUGCUGAUGUGAAGGACCCUGAACACUUCCCAUUUGUAGUCCUGGGCAACAAGAUAGACAAACUUGAGAGACAAGUGAGCACAGAGGAGGCCCAGACCUGGUGCAUGGAAAAUGGUAACUAUCCAUACCUGGAGACUAGUGCCAAGGAUGACACCAACGUGGCAGUGGCCUUUGAGGAGGCUGUGCGACAGGUACUAGCGGUGGAAGAGCAGCUGGAGCACUGCAUGCUGGGCCACACCAUUGACCUGCACUCCAGCUCCAAAUCAGGGUCUUCCUGCUGUUAAGAGUGGCUGCUGCUUUGGGAACAUCGCUUGAGCUGGCAGCUGGAUCGGAAUAAGUGCGGGCAGCUCUGGGGCACUCUGAGGAGAGUGGUCAGAAGGACAAUAGGUGGUUUGCUCACUGGGGAGUUGCAGCUUCACCAUCUGAAUUCUCGCUGGAGUUUUCAGGCACAGAGUGUGUAUCUGCAGGGGGGAGCGGUUAAAAGAGCAUGUGAGCAUAGUCCUGCUUCCAUCUCUGCCUGUUUUAGCAGGUUUAAAGGGCUGGAUUAAAGUCCUUAAAAUUCACUAAAGACAUUAGCCAUCUGAUCUGUACCAAGAACUGCCUGCAGAACAAAGCUGGGAGUGCUCUAGACAACCUUUGAAGUAUUUUAGUCUUGAACUCAAAAAAAAUACUAGACCCACUAGACUCACGACCUUACUGCCAAAGGAAAGUCCGUUCAGCAUACUGAACGAAACCUGUUGUAGAGACUCUAGCUCAUGCGACUGUGAGAAUGCCAAAUACUAGAGUGGCUGAGAUGUGUGUAUCUAUUGUUUGAGAUAAGUGCAUUGUGUCCCGAGACAGAAUAGUGCUAAGAAUUGUUAGAGCUCUGAUACGAAGCAACAUACAAAGGAGAGAUGGACCUGUGUUUGAAUGCGGCAGCAUUGCUUCUUCGUAGCUGCCUAUUUCUGUUCUGUUUUUCCUCACCUCUAACUUUGGCUUGUGUGACUGUUAUUUUGUGGAGAGACUGUCUGCUUCUUGUUUAAUAUAUGUUAUCUUGUCUCUUUUGGAGGCUCAACACCGUAUGUUGCUUCUCAUACCUUGAAGUGCUGGAUGAAAAAUACCACUGUGGACAUUCACUGGGUCAUGUCAAAGGGUUUAGAGCUACUCAGGAGUUCAGGAGAUCUGGAGCAUGAAACGUCAGCUAGUUUCUGUCACAAGUAAUUACUGUGUCCAGAUGAUAUGCUCUACCAUCCAGACUGGAUGGUAGGUGGGUGGGAUGUCUCCUAGGUGUGCAGGUGGCUGGGGCAGUUGUGCAUGGUCAGCUGUUAAAUCCACUCACUCAACUCAGCACAGGGACCACUGUGCUUCAUUAGCUGGCGAAUCAGGCUCUUCAGUUGAUUUAGCAUGGAUGAUCCCAUCUGGAUGCUGCAACAUAGAACCCUUCACUUUAUUGCCAGUUGUGUCAGGUGCAGUGCUGCUUAGCACAGGUAACUCACGUUGUCCUGGCCCUUACUCCCUAACAAAGAUUCCAGUAUGUUUUGUCUGUAAUUCAUAUGGGAGAAUUUACCUGUAGAGGAUGCCAUCGCAGUUAACUGGCCUUUGUUAACGGCUGCUAUGUUCAGUCCAUUGAGGAGAGAGCUGCACUAGUUCCGCCUCUAUGCAAGGUGGCUGAAAAAUAGGGGGCAUGAGGUAGAGAACCUUCUAGAAAAAGAUGCCAAGCUUUGCUGACCCCCCUCCUGCCCCCUACUAGACGUUAGUCCCAAAUUAUCUGUGUAGCAGAGAUGAAUGUUUGCCGACUGCUGUCUUUACCGUUAUAACCUCAUGUCCUGCAAUUCCCACACAAGCAUUUGUCCAAAACUAUGGCUUUGUCCGUGAGUGCAUAGGAGCCUGCCACAAGGAGAGCUUCUCCGAGUAUGUGUCUGCUGGCUGCUGAAUGUGAUUCCCACUGUGAUCAGCUAUUGGAUGGUAGAUUUGUAGCUCAAAUCAAACAGCCUCACUUAUGCUGUGCUUUAGAGCAGGACGAUCUGCCCUCAUGCUGACUGGUGGCAGCUAAUCCCCAUGGCCGAGCAGUCUCUGAGCAUGCAGGAGUCUCCUCUAGGGACACUCAGGGUGAUCCUGCCCUUCUCUGCAGGGCAGCCACGUGUAGAAGGGACUGAAGCUUUAAUGUAAAGUGCUUUAGAGGGAUCUGAUUUCUAAAUGGCUGAACACUCAUGUUCACGGGAAUAGAUAGGAAGUGCUUCCAGUCUCUGGAAAGCCAGGUCCCUUGAGUUUUAAGAGAAGGCUCUGCCUCUGUAGGUGCAACAGAUUUUUACAUUAUAUUGAAGUUAUUACUGUUUAUUUAUCAAUGCCUGGCCUCUCCAGGCCUUUAGAUUUUUCUGCAGCCCUGCUUGGUAUUUCCUUCAAGAUUCCAGACUCUGACCUGUGGCUCUGAAUUACAUCUCUGAGCAGACAUGUUCCCUAGAGCAGGUUUGUGCAGGGCCCAGAGUCAGAACAGGCUCACGUCCUUGCGUCCUGUCUGACCCUGCCAGAGGGUCUGCUGAGGGAGCUCCCUGCAGGUGGAACUGCUGCUUCCCCAGUGCGGAUCUCAUGAGAUCUGUGUGAUGACUGGCAUCUCCUGUGGGAGAGGACAGAGACUGAACAAGCUGUGGAGUAGGAGGUGCAGGGGCAGCACACUGUUUGCAGCACCCUGGGUGCGUGUUGGUGCUAGUAGCUGAAGCCCAGAAGCCUCACAGUGCACACACUGUGCAGAUGCUGUGUAUUGCUGGAGGGUGCUACAUAGCAUCUUUUAUUCCUAACGGGCAUUGAAUUGUUGACAUUUUUUUAAAAAAUAUUUUAUUAGGCUUAUGUGUUUUAAAAAAAAAUUUUAAAAAAAGUAUAAUAUAUUUAAAUUGUUUAAUUUAUUUUACAUAAUACACGCAAUUUCUAAAGGAGCCAGGAUUUUGAUCUCUUUGUUGCAAAGUCCAAUGCCAAUGGCCAUCCCCUCCCUAUGUCCACUCAUGGCUGCUGUGGUUGUUGCUGUUGCUACAGAACGGGAAUUGUAAAACCGAGAUUCUUCCCUUAUUGAAGCAAAUAAAACAUGGAUGUACUCAAGUGAAUUCAGAAAGUGGCUGCCUUCUUGGUUUGCCGAGGUUCAAGUCAGCUCCUGUUCUGAGGGAUAUGGAACUGAGUUGGAUAUAGCAUCUGAGAGAGAGAAGUCACUAGGGGAUCAAAGGGGUUGGUAGUUCCUGAAUGUACCUAGACCAGUAGUUUAAGGAAUUUAACUUAUUUACCAGCUGAAUUCAGUGACGAGUUUUGUCUUUUCAAGAGUGUGUCAGAAAAUGCUUUCAUGACAAAUAUUCCACAUUGCUUCCUUCUGUCAGUACAUUUUCAUUUUCAGCCUGGGCUCUCAGCAGCAAGCCCGGUACUUUCCUUUGAUUUCUUCCUGUGAUCUUGGAACUGCUCCCUCGGGCUCCAGGGUGUUGUAACUGGGCAUGAUUUCCAUAGGAUGCUGAGGCAGAAAUCAGCAUAUGGGGACUGUUCUCUUCCGUUAUCCUGCCAGGAUGGUCACUUAUUCUGGGUGGCCUUCUCUGUGUUUGCAGAGUCUGUGCCUGCUGUUUCUGUUGGCAGAACCUUUUAGUUUAUUUUUCUCCCAUGUCUGCCUGCCUAUCCACACUUCCAGUGUAGGGUUUCAACUCUUUGGAAAUCCUGCUUUUUAAAUGUGGACUAGAGUAUCUGGGGAACUCUGGCAUCUUACUUCAGCUGUCUUAAAACAUAGCUGAAGAUAGACAGCCAACGUGACUGCGUGGGAGAUGAUCCCAGCCUUGGAGGGUUCACAGGGACUGAGCAAGGCUGUGUCACAUCAGCAAGGGCCUGUCUGAAACUACCUGAACCAAACCAGUGACUCCCUUGAUGAGAGAUACUUGUAACAAAAUGCCAGGCAGGAGCAAUUGUGAGGCUGCUCGCUCAUUCCCUACUUUGCCACUGCAAGCAAUAGCAGGGUGCUCUGUGGGGUGAGGAGAGGAUGGAUCUCUGGAGAGUGAAGAAGUGUCUCCAAAGGAAAGCAGUGAGCUGCUUCUGCGUGAACAGGUGCUGUAGCCUAUCCCUGUGUGCUUGCAAAGGAGGAAGAGCGAUGAGGAGUCUCCUGGUCCCAUCUAUCCCCCUAUCUCACAGUCAUCUUGAUUUUGCUGCUCUGGGCCAGGUAGUGCAGCUGGAAGGCUGUGGAAACUGAAAUCUCUCUAGAACUGUUAGGUGAGAAGCCCCAGAUGGCUACGGAUACCCUGGGGUUGCUCUCUGUGACCGAGGCUGCUCACACACCCUGUGCUUCCCAAGUGCAGCUUCUCCCUGGGUCCAAAGGCUGGCUCUUUGCAGCAGUACAGCUGUAGGGAGAUUUAUGGGAACACGAUCUCUGGGUACUGCAUGUUCUUGCAUGUGUUGGAGGAUGAGCAAAAAGAUACGAUGAGUCUGAAAAACCUACUCCAGCUUCCAGUUCCUACUGGGGAGUUUGUUCUAGCUCUGGCACCAGGAGCACUGGCAUGCUCUGCUCUGGAGUAAGGAGCACUCCCUGCUCUGCUGAGGUGGGAGGAGAUGGCAGCUCCUACAGCAAUUGCCCGAAGGCCUGAAGUGACUCAGAGUCCCUGACUUGGAGACUGAGAUGCCUGGGAUAGUCCAUGCAGUCAGUGCAGUGGUGGGGUACCUGCUGGGGCAAUUGCCCAGGCAAAAGCAAUUGGGGAUGGACUCCUUGAUCCCAGUGCGUACGUGGCUGAUGGAGCAGCUCUUCCCUGGGGGCUUCAAGGGGCCCUUUAGGGAUUGGUGGAUGUGGCCACAUGCAGAGAUGAGGUGUUCCCAUCUUCAUGGGUAGCCAAGUGCUGUGCUAUCGUCAGUUUUAGUCCUUCCACAAGGACUUCCAACUUGUUACUCCCUCCUUGUCCCGGGGCAUCUCCCUAGCAGAGCCAAACCAUGCACAUAAAUGGAGAGAAACCACCUGGGUGCCUGAGAGGCAGCAGGUGGUACCCUGCAGGGCAGAUGGGCAGCAGUACCAUGCCGUGGCCCUGGCUGGCAGGGCUCCUCACUAGCCACCACCCGUGCCAGGGCACUGUUCGCCACUUGCAGCCCUUUCCCUGCCCUGACUGAAGCUGGGACAGGGCUGGGGGAGCGGGCGCUGCCACAGCUGCUGUGCGCCCUGCUGAGAGUUAGUGCAGGUGGAGGGCUGAGCCAGGGCAGCCAGGCUUUGCUUGUGGUGCUGCCUUCCUUCCCUGAGCCUUCCUGCUCGUCCUACGCAGACUUUCCCCAGCGCUGAGCCCUUGGUAAGAGAGCAAGGCAGGGCACUGUGCCGCCUGUGCGGCUUCCGAGGAAUCCGCUGUGCGGUUAGGGGCUUGCGCACGGGCUUUGAAGGGCAGCACCUGCAGGUUUGGGGUGGCUUUUAUCUGCUAUUCCCUUGCUAGACCGUGCAGGACUGAGCCCAAAGGAAAAGACGGCACCGCUCGCCGGCGGCCACGGGGAGGAGACGGAGGACAGGGGAUGCGGAGGCGCCGGGCUGGGGCUGGGGACCACGGCUAUCCCCUUUACUUUCCCUGCCCAGGGGAGGUUGCUGGCUGCACUGUCCCCAGGGCUGGCUUGCCCGGUGUC